AUGCCCGGCUUCACCGAUUCCUUCUGGUCCGCCGACUAUGCUGGGGGGCUGGGAGUGCUCUUCCAGAAGCUUCAACAGGGUGUGGUGGAGAAUCAGCAGGUGCUCACGAUUGCGAGCAUGAGAGCUGAUGCCGAAGAGAUGUACAGCGACCGCCUUGGAGAUAUUGCCCCAACCAUCGAUCGGAUGACGGGCGGCUUUGCAAGAGACGAUGGCGCGAGUACAAGAAAGGCAUACGAGGGCGUCCGAGGCGAGAUGGUCGAAGCAUCCAAGAACCACCGCAAAAUCGCAGACAACAUCCGCGAGCUCGUGGUUAACCCCUUCUCGAAAUGGUGCGAUUCACAUGCGGCACGGAUACAAAGUUCGCAGGACGACCUCCAGGCGAAGAUCAAGGCCCACGAUAAGCAAGCAGAAGUGGUCAAGAAGCUGAGAAGCCAAUACUUCAACAAGUGUAGGCUGGUCGAGGAUCUCGAAGAGGAAAACAAGAUGGCAUUCGCCGGGCCAGCGAAGGAGAGCCCGAAGCCACAAAGUCCCCCGCCGCCCAAGAUUGUCCUUCCAGAAGACGAAAUCGAAGAGUUACCCGUCGAAAUCGGUGACGAAACAUACCCGCCCGAAAAGCUGAGGUUGCUGCUUACCGAUAUGCUCGAGAAAAUCCCCCUGGGUGAACACAAGGUCCCCAUCCUGGGCGUCUAUCAGAAUGUGUCCACUGGUACGGACAUCACCGAAUACAUCCAGAAACACAUGAAAGCGUCGAGCGUCGGGUAUGCAGAGAAAAUUGGACAAGAUUUGAUUGAUCGUGGGUUCUUGCGUCUGAUCGGAAAUAUGGGCAACACAUUCGCCAACAGUUCAAGAAUGAAGUAUCAGUGGAAGCCGCGAACUUUCCAAAUAACGGGCGUGCCUGAGAAGAGGAAGCCACUGAGCAGAACAACUACCGGAGCGUCGGCAGAUGGAGUUUUGGAGUCGCCAACGGUUGGAAAUAUCACCGAGACCUUACAGAGCUGGAAUCCCUUGAACAAUCCAUUUCCCAAUGAGACGCAGGCGGACCGGCUGAAGCGUGAGGCUCGAGAAGCGGACGAGAAGUACAAAGCAGCCGUCCGAAGACUCGAUCUGCUGAGAUGCAACCUCGAAGAAUCGAUGAUGGAUCACCUGAGAUUCCUCGAGCGAUGUGAAACCGACCGUCUCAAGGCCAUCAAGUCUGUGAUCCUGGACUUUUCGGGCGCUAUCAGCAACAGCAUCCCAUCUUUCCAGAGCCAGGUGGAUCAUAUGAUGCUCUACCAGGAAACGAUCCAGCCAUUAGGCGAUCUGCGGUAUCUGCUUGAGAAUUACAGAACAGGCGCAUUCGUGCCCAAAGUCACACCCUACGAAAACUACUACGGAAGCGUGGACGACCAGACUUUUGGUGUUGACUUGGAAGCGAGAGCGCGAGCGGAUCGGAAAAGAGUGCCUAUCGUUGUCACUUCCAUACUAACAUUCCUCGAUAAUCAUUACCCUGAUCUCGAAGGAGAUGAAGCCAGACGGAAUAUCUGGCUGGUGGAUGUUCCUCUGGCAGCAACCCAUCAUCUACGGAACCAGAUCAAUAACGGUGCCCCAGUAUCCCGAGAGGUCCUGGAGAAAUACGAAAUGCCUAUCAUCGCCAGUGUGCUGAAGUUGUAUCUCCUUGAGUUACCAGAUUCACUUGUCUCUUCUCAAGUCUACGAAAUCAUCAAGACCAUCUAUGCAACAACCUCCGAUGCAAUCCCAAACCCCAUUUCAACCGACUCAGUCGACGCCCUGCCCAGGAUCAAAGUCUUGCAAUCUACCCUAGGGCAGCUUCGCCUAAACAAUAUCGCCACCCUUGAUGCGCUCGCCACGCAUUUCACCCGCCUAAUCGACCUGACAUCAGCAGAUGAAGCAUAUGUUUCCGCACUCGCAAAUGUCCUAGCCCCUUGUAUCUUGCGCCCGCGCACCGAGAAUUCCUUGACCCUGGAAGAGCGUCAUGCCUAUCGUUUGAUCCGUGACCUAUUCGACCAUAAAGAAGCCAUCUUCGGCGAACUCAAGCGACAAUCGUCCACCCUUUCAGGAUCCAACAGUCUCUCCCACCGUCAGCGUGCCGUCAGCACCACGGAUGAGAGCUCUCGACGAGCGAAUAUGGAGGCUCGCGCGCGGGCUAUCACGGAACAGAGAGAACAAAGGCAGCGAGAUAAGUCGCCCGCACCCACGAAUCGACACAGGCGAGAUAAGAGCACAGACGGGAGUAUGGGUCGGUUUCCGGUCGUCGCGAGUCCCAGACCCGACGGGGGUCACGGACGCAGUGUGAGUAGUGUGGGCCUGCCGUCUGCCACUAAAAGAGGAAGUCUUGAAGUUCCUGGAAGCAACGAAUCUUCGCCCAUUCAGUCGCGGAAUCAGACUGCCGUAGAGAGGAAUGCAGCUACGCCACCUACGUCCAGAAACCUGGAGGCCUUGAACUCGAGCUCAGUCACCACGAACGGCCAGAACCAGGGUCAGGAUAAUGUGCUCUCUUCACCAGAUUCGAUCACAAGUGCCAGCCUGAAUCUACCUGGUACAUUCAGCGGAGGAGGACCAGGCCCGCACAUUCCUCCACCCCUCGACGAUGACGAUCAUGACCAAGAAUCCGACACUUCUCCUGUUGCUGCAUCGACCGCCUCAAACGCCGGCUCCCGGCCAGGAUCACUCAAGAGAGUCGCCGUCACGGGUGACCGCAAGCCGGUUGGUAUGUCAAGGUCCGGCGUUUCAGGGAGCUUGAGCAGACGACUCGCCAACACUGGUGGCCUAAAUGAAGACCCAGCCUCGAGCCAUCCUGCAGCGGCUGGUCAGGCGCAUGGUGUUCAGUUGGUUGAUAGGGCCAUGGACGAUUUCUCCUAA